AUGGGAGACUCCAAAGCAAGAGAACCUCUUCCUCGGCUGCUAGAUCUUAUCCCGGAUGGGAAACAAUGGAAGGGGAGGGAAGCACAAGGCGCAGGAAGAUCAAGGAACACAGGCUUUGGGAGCGAGGAGGACAAGCAGCUAGAGCUCAAACUCGGUCCUCCGGGUCUCCUAGAAGAAGGGACGACAACAGCAGCGUCAAGAGAUGAAGGGAUACAGCGAGAGAUUCCGGCUCUCUCGCUUGGUUGCUUCCCACAUAAACCCUCCAAGCCUGCAAUAAACACUACUGCAACUGGGACAAAGAGGGGUUUCUUAGAUACCAUUGAGGCCAAAACAGAAGGUCGUGAUGAGCACAAGCAGCAGGCUGGAGCUGGAUGUGGGAACGAACUAGCACUGGACGAGAAGAUAACAGCCGCGAGCGAGAGAAAGAAAGGAUUCUGCCCGCCAACAUUACAGCAUGCCCCUGCUGCUGCAACUGUGCACAACAGACCACAUGCCCAGGGAAGAAGGCCUUCAGCUCCGGUUGUCGGUUGGCCUCCAGUCAGAUCCUUCAGGAGAAAUCUUGCUCAUGGCAGUUCAUCUAAACAAUCCACUGAGCCACAAAGUAGUGAAGCUAGCAUGAAGGAGAAGCUUGCCUGCAAGAAGAAUCCUCUUGUUAAAAUCAACAUGGAUGGAAUCCCCAUUGGAAGGAAAGUAGACCUUGGAGCCUAUGACAGCUACGAGAGGCUAUCAUUGGGCGUCAAAGAGCUUUUCCAUGGUUUUCUUGAAGCUCAAAAGGAUCUAUCUAGUGCUGGGAGUACACAGCUAGGGGCCACUGAAAAAAUAUUUUCUCAAUUAUUGGAUGGAUCUGGUGAAUAUACUCUAGUUUACGAAGACAAUGAAGGAGACAGGAUGCUGGUAGGGGACGUGCCGUGGAAUGUAUUUGUGUCAACUGCUAAAAGGCUGAGGGUUUUGAGGAGCUCAGAGCUUUCCCAUGGUUUGGUCAUAAAUAAUUACAUGGACCUGAUGACACCAGAUGCCAAACCGGGAAGUGGUCCAAGCUGCCCUGGUGGCCCAGUGACCAUACCCCCAGAAGCUCUCAAAGAAGUCAAGAUAAACAGAAGGUGGCAUUGGUUUUCUAGCAUGAUAGAGACAACACAUCAAGUGACACUUCUUAAGUGCUUAUCACCAUUCAUGCAAUCAUGCCUAUCACUUGAAAAGUGGAAUAUUAUUCAUGCCAAACUUCAUGCAAAUUUCAACAAAGCAAGCUUCAUCCUUUUGCACAGUUUUCACAAACAAAACUUAAGAACAGCUAUGUACGGUACAGCAGAGGACUUAAGUUGCAAGGUGAAAGCAUGGAACCAGAUAUUACGAGUAGAAUCCUACGGUGUUCAGCUGUUGAAAAAGGAGGUCCAAAAUAAGACGAAUAUCUUACCCAAAAAAUAA